AUAAUUCUGAUGAGCCAGAUGAAGAAUACAAGCCUAUUGCUGGGCCCACACUUGUCCAACCAACAAUCUUUGCAACAUUUAAUAAAAUUAUUAAAAAAACUAAUAAAGAAAAGCAAAAGGAAGUUGGUGAAGAAGGAGCAGAAUGUAAUAAAGAAAAGCAAAAGGAAGUUGGCGAAAAAGGAGCAGAAAUUAAUAAAGAAAUGCAAAAGGAAGUUGGCAAAGAAGAAGCUGAAGUUGAUAACGGAAUGCAGAAGAAAAUGAAGAAAGUUGGUAAAGAAGGAGCCGAAGUUGAUAAAGGAAAGCAGAAGGAAGUUGGCGAAGAAGGAGCCGAAAUUGAUAAAGGAAAGCAAAAGGAAGAUGGUGAAGAAGGAGCCGAAAAAGAAGUUGGCGAAAAAGGAGCCGAAGUUAAUAAAGAAAAGCAGAAGGAAGUUGGCGAAAAAGGAGCCGAAAUUGAUAAAGGAAAGCAGAAAGAAGUUUGUGAAGAAGGAGCCGAAGUUGAUAAAGGAAAACAGAAGGAAAAGAAAGUUGGCGAAGAAGGAGCUGAAGUUGAUAAAGGAAAGCAGAAAGAAGUUGGCAAAGAAGGAGCCAAAGUUGAUAAAGGAAAGCAGAAGGAAAUUGUUG